GUGGCAAAGAGGUGGGGGGUGGUGCAGUUUUGUUGUUGAUCUCAAGGCAUUGUGUUUCCCCAUUCUCCUUUGUACUCUUUCUCCUCUCUUAAUAAAAACACCCAAGUAUUAGAACACUCUGUAUUUCUCUUCCUAAGCUUGAGUUUAAACCAAGCAAGAACCAGAUUUCAAGAGAGCACAGAGAUAGAGAGAAGAGAGGCACCAAACCCUAAAUGGGUCUAACCCCGAGAUUUUAAAACUCUUCUUUUAUGAUUUUGAGGCAAAUGUCGUCUCCUCAUACCUUAAUCUCUUCUUCUUCUUCUUCAUUCUUCAUCUUCAUCUUGUGUUUCUCUCUCUCUAAUGCAGAGCAAAACCCGGAAGCUUCUAUCCUCUACUCAUGGCUUCACUCUUCUUCUCUUCCACCUUCCUCUCUUUCUCUCUUCAACUGGAACUCAGCCGACAACACUCCUUGCAACAACAACUGGACUUUCGUUACAUGCUCACCUCAAGGCUUCGUCACGGACAUCGACAUUCAAGCCGUCCAAGUCGAGCUACCCUUGCCCAAGAAUCUCCCGGAGCUUCGUUCUCUUCAGAAACUCACCAUCUCCGGCGCUAACGUCACCGGGACUAUACCGGAGAGCCUCGGUGACUGUCUCGCCCUCACGGUUCUCGACCUAAGCUCAAACAGUUUAGUGGGAGACAUUCCUUGGAGCCUAAGCAAGCUUCGUAACCUAGAAACCCUAAUACUCAACUCCAACCAGCUCACCGGGAGAAUCCCACCGGAGAUCAGUAAAUGCUCCAAACUCAAGAGCUUGAUCCUCUUCGAUAAUCUCCUCACCGGGGGUAUCCCAUCGGAGCUAGGGAAGCUCUCUGGUCUCGAAGAGAUAAGAAUCGGAGGAAACAAAGAACUCUCCGGGAAGAUCCCACCGGAGAUCGGAGACUGUUCUAACCUAACGGUUCUCGGCUUAGCAGAGACAAGCGUCUCCGGAAACUUACCUUCCUCUUUAGGUAACCUCAAGAAGCUGCAAACACUCUCUAUCUACACAACGAUGAUAAGCGGAGAGAUUCCUCCAGAGUUAGGCAACUGCUCUGAGCUAGUGGAGAUCUUCUUGUACGAGAACAGCUUGUCCGGCUCAAUCCCUCGAGAGAUAGCGAAGCUCGCGAAGCUCGAACAGCUGUUCCUAUGGCAGAACAGUCUCGUCGGUGGUAUCCCUGAAGACAUCGGAAACUGCAGCAACCUCAAGAUGAUAGACUUGUCUCUAAACCUCCUCUCCGGUUCGAUUCCUGUCUCCAUCGGCCGUUUGUCUUUUCUCGAAGAGUUUAUGAUCAGCGACAACAACUUCUCCGGUUCGAUACCGACGACGAUCUCCAACUGUUCGAGUCUUGUUCAGCUACAGCUCGACAAAAAUAAGAUCUCCGGUCUGAUACCGACAGAGCUUGGAACGCUCACGAAGCUUACUCUGUUCUUCGCUUGGUCUAACCAGCUGGAAGGAAGCAUCCCUCCCGGUUUAGCAGACUGUACCGAUCUCCAAGCGUUGGAUUUAUCGCGUAACGCCUUAACCGGAACGAUCCCUUCCGGUUUGUUUAUGCUAAGGAACCUCACGAAGCUUCUCUUGAUCUCAAACUCUCUCUCUGGUUCCAUCCCUCAAGAGAUUGGUAACUGCAGCUCUCUGGUGAGACUGAGACUAGGUUUCAACAGGAUCACUGGAGAGAUACCUACUGGUAUUGGUUCGCUCAAGAAGCUGAACUUUCUUGACUUGUCGAGCAAUAGGUUACACGGGAAGGUUCCUGAUGAGAUAGGAAGCUGCUCGGAGCUGCAGAUGAUUGAUCUUAGUAACAACUCUCUUCAAGGCUCGUUGCCUAACGCGGCUUCUUCUCUGUCCGGUUUACAGGUUCUUGAUGUUUCAGCUAACCAGCUUUCAGGCAAGAUUCCCGCGAGCUUGGGGAGGCUUGCGUCGUUAAACAAACUGAUCUUGGGAAAGAACUUGUUCUCGGGUUCGAUCCCUGGUUCUCUAGGUAUGUGUUCAGGGCUGCAGCUUCUUGAUCUCGGAAGCAACGAGCUCUCUGGUGAGAUUCCUUCGGAGCUUGGAGAUAUUGAGAAUCUUGAAAUCGCGUUGAACUUGAGUAGUAACAGACUCUCUGGGAAGAUACCUUCGAAGUUUGCGUCUCUCAACAAGCUCUCGAUUCUUGAUAUCUCCCACAACAUGCUCGAAGGAGAUCUUGCUCCACUAGCUAAUAUCGAGAAUCUCGUCUCUCUCAACAUCUCUUACAAUAGCUUCUCUGGUUAUCUUCCGGACAACAAGCUUUUCAGACAGUCACCUCCUCAAGAUCUCGAAGGAAACAAGAAGCUCUGUUCCACGUCAACUAAAGAUUCUUGUUUUCUCGCCUACGGCAAUAGCAAUGGACUUGCGGAUGAUAAGGAAACUUCUCGCGCAAGAAACCUCAGGUUAGCGCUCGCGCUUUUGAUCUCCCUGACGGUUGUGCUGAUGAUUCUCGGCGCGGUUGCGGUGAUCCGAGCGAGGAGGAACAACGAAAACGAAAGAGAUUCGGAGCUUGGAGAAUCAUAUAAAUGGCAGUUCACACCGUUUCAGAAGCUCAACUUCUCCGUAGAUCAGAUCAUAAGAUGUUUGGUUGAGCCCAACGUGAUCGGUAAAGGAUGUUCAGGCGUAGUGUAUCGCGCCGACGUGGACAACGGCGACGUUAUAGCCGUGAAGAAGCUUUGGCCAGCGAUGGUUAACGGCGGUAACGACGAGAAGCCUGAUAAAAACGUGAGAGAUUCGUUUUCAGCUGAAGUUAAAACACUUGGGACGAUCAGACACAAGAACAUCGUUAGGUUUCUUGGAUGUUGUUGGAACAGGAACACAAGGCUUUUGAUGUAUGAUUACAUGCCUAAUGGGAGCUUGGGGAGUUUGCUACAUGAGAGACGAGGCUCUGCGCUUGAUUGGGAUCUUAGAUACAGAAUCUUGCUUGGUGCAGCUCAAGGUUUAGCUUAUCUACACCAUGAUUGCCUCCCGCCCAUUGUUCAUCGUGAUAUCAAGGCCAAUAACAUUUUGAUCGGUCUUGAUUUUGAACCGUACAUUGCGGAUUUCGGUUUAGCUAAGCUUGUUGAUGAAGGUGACAUUGGCCGGUGUUCUAAUACCGUCGCUGGAUCUUAUGGUUACAUUGCCCCAGAGUAUGGUUAUAGCAUGAAGAUUACAGAGAAGAGUGAUGUUUACAGCUACGGUGUGGUGGUUCUUGAAGUGUUGACUGGGAAGCAACCUAUAGACCCAACGGUACCCGAAGGUCUUCACUUGGUGGAUUGGGUGAGGCAGAAUAGAGGCAGCCUCGAAGUUCUCGACUCGAGCCUGAGGUCUAGAACCGAGGCUGAAGCUGAUGAGAUGAUGCAAGUGUUGGGCACUGCUUUGCUUUGUGUGAACGCGUCUCCUGACGAGAGACCCACUAUGAAAGACGUUGCAGCUAUGCUCAAGGAGAUCAAGCAAGAGCGUGAAGAGUACGCAAAAGUUGACUUGCUUCUCAAGAAAUCUCCCCCACCAACUGCGAAAACUCAGGAAGAAGGGAGUAAGAAUGAGAUGACGGUUGCUACAGCUUCGUCUUCUAAAGAGAUGAGACGAGAAGAGAGAAUAGUGAAGAGUAACAAUACUGGUUUCUCUGCUUCUUCUCUGCUUUACUCCCCUUCUUCUUCGAUUGAGUGAUACAUAUAUAGAGUUUGAGAGUUCCGUGAGAAGAAAGCUUUUGUGUGCUGUUUGAGAAAUGCUUCUUUUUGUUUUUACAUUUUAUUUAAUUAUCACUUUAAGUCUCGGAAAUGUGAUGUAAAAAGAACAA